GCAAACAUUAUUCUCUUAGUAUUGAAGGUAUACGCCACAAUUAGAAGUGGAUCAAUUGCUAUAGCUGCCUCAACACUGGAUUCACUGCUUGAUCUCAUGGCUGGUGGUAUCCUUUGGUUCACACAUCUGUCAAUGAAGAGCAUCAAUGUCUACAAGUACCCCAUUGGCAAACUGAGGGUACAGCCUGUAGGCAUUAUCAUCUUUGCUGCUGUCAUGGCCACUUUAGGCUUCCAAGUAUUUAUUCAAGCUGUUGAAAAGCUGAUAGUGAAUGAAGCUCCAGAUAAACUGAACCAAAUACAACUAUUGUGGCUAUAUUCAAUCAUGAUCUUUGCAACAGUGGUGAAACUAGCUCUUUGGCUCUAUUGCCGAACAUCUGGUAACAAGAUCGUCCGUGCUUAUGCUAAGGAUCACUAUUUUGAUGUUGUCACAAAUGUCGUCGGUUUGGCUGCUGCUGUCCUUGGCGAUAGAUUCUACUGGUGGAUCGAUCCAAUUGGUGCAAUUGCCCUUGCAGUCUACACAAUUUCAAACUGGUCUGGAACAGUGUGGAAAAUGCAGGUUUGUGUUACUUUUUCAGUUUGAACGUUUGGUUAGGCA